CCUCGUAACUAGAGUCCCCAAGUGAACCAUCUCCCACAACGGCGGUCUUUCUCAAGAGUUCAUCCUAUAGCCCUUCACUACUGGACACCAUGCGUUAAUUACCUACGAUCCCGUCAUAUGGGCCCGACACUCGUUGAAACACUACAAUGCCUCACUCGACUCGCUCCAUAACCCCAGUACCCAGCUUCAAAUUCUCAGGAGACACAAAGGCCACAAUGCGCACUUCCAUGGAGAAGUUCCCAGAUCACAUAGAAACCCUAGAUGGGCAAUCGCAAUAUUCGACCAGUCCUACAAGAGCGAAUGGAUUCGCCAAUGGCUCAGCAUCCGCAGACAGAUGGCAACCAAGGAGGGACAGUGGGCUGCGGGGCUCUGCUUGGAAUGGACCAGCAAGCACAGGAGGAAGACAUAAUAGGCAGAAAAGCUUAACAGAUGCCUUCAGGACAAUACGGACGAGGAAAGCAAGCGUCAGCGCAAAUGUACAUGAAGUGGCAGAUGCGCUAAAAGCCCCAGUUUCGCCCAUGUUAGUUGGCCUAUGUCUGGUUUGGUACACGUCAAGCGCCUUGACAAAUACAUCCUCCAAAGCCAUCCUCAAUGCUUUCCCUAAGCCAGCAACUCUUACCCUCAUCCAAUUCGGAUUCGUCGCCUUCAUGUGCCUCUUCUUCUCCUACUUAGCGACCGUUUUUCCCACACUCCAAAACAGAAUUCCGGCCUUGCGAUAUCGAGUCCGGUACCCUACACGAGAGGUCAUUUUGACAACAAUUCCUUUGGCGGCUUUCCAGAUUGGUGGUCAUCUCUUGUCAUCAAGCGCCACCAUGAGAAUUCCGGUUUCACUCGUCCACACGAUCAAAGGGCUCUCUCCCCUCUUUACGGUGGUUGCUUAUCGAGUCAUUUUCGAUAUUCGGUAUCCAGUUGCCACAUAUUUAUCUCUUGUACCUCUCACACUAGGUGUGAUGUUGGCUUGCUCAGCUGAAUUCAAGGGCAACAUCUUCGGUAUUCUGUACGCCUUCAUUGCGGCCCUAAUCUUCGUCACGCAAAACAUAUUCUCCAAGCGGUUGUUUAACGCUGCAAAGGAGGCCGAUCCAACUGGAGCACAGAAUAAAAAGUUGGAUAAAUUAAAUUUAUUGUGCUAUUCGUCCGGCUUGGCCUUCAUCCUCACAGCCCCCAUUUGGUUCUGGUCCGAAGGGUUAGAACUCCUCAGAGACUUCUUUUACGAUGGUUCGCUUGACCUCGCGGAAGGAACUGCGAAGCAUCCCCCGUUCGAUCACGGGCGUCUGGCCUUGGAGUUUGUUUUCAACGGCUUCUUCCACUUCGGACAGAACAUAAUAGCUUUUGUCCUUCUCUCCAUGGUCUCGCCAGUCACCUACUCCGUCGCCUCGCUGAUUAAGCGAGUAUUCGUCGUCGUCGUAGCGAUCAUCUGGUUCCAGAAUCCGACAAACAAAGUCCAGGCCCUUGGAAUAGCCUUGACGUUCUUCGGACUGUACUUGUACGACCGAACAAGCGACAACAGCAAGGCAGAUAAGAAGGCUAAGAUGAUGGACAUCAAAGAAGAAAGUCUUCUCCCACUCUCUAAUCAACAAGGGCGUAGCACACCCCCUACAUAUGACACGCCCAUCCGUGGCUACACAAACGGCUACGCCAUAAACACCUCUUCCGAGCCCAAGAAAUCCGAUGAUUUCGGCAGGACGGGUAGAGCGAGAGGAGCAAGUAGCGCUGCCUGGUUACCGCCCGGAACGAGACAGGAAGAAACGUGGCGGCCGAGAGAGCUGAGCGCGAAUGGGAGCGGCCAUGGCAAUUUCCAUGGUACGCAUGUAGCUGUUUCUUGAUUCUUGGGAUAGAUAGGGUAUAUAGAAAGAGCCCGAUAGAUGGUACUAUGGCUCUGGGUGGCGUUUCCUGUGUAGUUAUCGCCUUGGAUCGGUGUACAUAGACCUCCUCAAACUAGAACUUUGUGGUCAGUCCUUCUGUACAGACACUUAAUGCCGAUCCUUCCAUCGUUUACGAGAGGCACGUUUGCUCAAGUAGUCUUGGUAACCCCUGUCGAGUAGUCUUGUCUUCGCUUAUUUUGGUAUUUUUGACUGUUGACUUGACUUCAUGCUCCCUCAAUGUCGC